AUGAAACCCAGGAAACCCAGAUCCAAUGAAACCAAGAAAUGGCGGUAUUGAAAUUAGAUCUGCAGCGACGCGACGAUUUGGAAGGGGUUCGAGAUUUGGAAUGGUCGAUUUGGAAUUGGCGGAGGGAGGAGCAAGCUUGUUCUCGCUCUGACGGAGGGAGGAGCGCAAGGGGAGGACGAGCAGUUAGGUUGGGCCGCGGGGGCGGUUGAACAGAAUCUU